UCGCUCCCCGUCGUUGUGCUUCCUCCUCAUCCAGCAUUCCACUGCCUCACACACUCUCUCUUGUUCAGCUUUGUCUGACCUGUCAUUCUCUCUUUGAUCUCGUCUGUAGAUCAGACCUUCCUUUAGGACAAUCGUCUUCUCUCUUUUGGACUUUUGUCUCACCAUCCUUGCUGUCUUUUGACAUAAAACCAUACUUACAAGCAUCUGCUUUGCUAUCUCUAUCUUUCAUCCUCAUCUUUUUUACUACCACAAGUCAAUCUUGAUUACUUUUCAAGAAGUCAAUCCUUCCAAAUCAACAACAUCAAUCAAAAUGCUUUUCAAGACCAUCCUCACCGCCGCUCUGGCCACCGUCGCCACGGCCCUCCCCCACAACUUCCACGUCCGUCGCAACGAGACCUCCUCUGCCGGCGGCGUCGACAUUCUCAACAACAUGGAUUCUACUACCGUCUACGCGUGGUCUGUUUCUGAUAGAGUCAGUAACAUGCAUACCCUUUCUGCGGGCGGUGGUAGCUAUUCCGAAUCCUGGAAAACCAACGACGACGGCGGUGGUAUCUCCAUCAAGCUGUCCACCACUGAAAGCCAGUCUGAUGUGCUUCAAUUCGAGUACACUCAGUCCGGCAGCACCAUCUUCUGGGACAUGUCUUGCAUCAACCUGGGCAGUGACUCGGCCUUUAGCAAGUAUGGCUUUACUGUUUCGCCUUCCGAGGAAAACACCGACUGCCCGACUGUCACUUGUGCUGCGGGCGAGACUGAGUGUGCCGGUGCUUACAACCAGCCUGAUGACAACGAGGCUACUCAUGGUUGCCCCAUUGAUACUCGGUUCACUUUGACUUUGGGUUAAGCCAAGUUCUCUCCCCAAACUGUCGUCAUUCUUGUGGGGUUGAGUUAGAUGUGGAAGUACAGUGAUUUUGAUACCUUCGUUGCUUUUUGUAUAGGAUUGGAUUGGACUUGCCUCCUGGAUGAGUUGCACAUAUACACUCUCUUUCUUCGUUGUCUUCGGUUCAAUUCGAUAGAUGAAUCGAAUCGAUGAUCUGCUUGCUGUGCUAUGCGGUUAUGGAUGUAGUGAUUUGAUAUCACAUGAAUUAUGCUAGACUUGUUACUUGACUUGUUUGUACUUAGGAAAAGUAUCUACUUUCGAAGUAUUCAUUCCUUUAUCCCCAUCCUCCUAGUUACUAUGUACUAACACCACGCACCCAACCCAACC